CCUGCCACUCCUUCCGCGUCCAACCCAUUGUCAACGAUGUCUCAACGACCGGUGCCCCGUCUAUUGCUAAUUCGACACGGGGAAACUGAAUGGUCUCUGAAUGGACGACAUACGGGUCGGACGGACAUCCCCCUCACGGCGAGAGGCGAACAGCAAAUACUAGACAAACGAGAGAAAAUAGUGGGCGAUGGCAAGCUCAUCGAUCCAAAGAAUCUCUGUCAGGUGCUCGUAUCCCCGAGACAGAGAGCUCACAAGACCUUCCACCUCCUCUUCGACCACCUAGACAAUCUUCCUAGUCAUAUUUUCACCGAAGAGGUUCGAGAGUGGGAUUAUGGUGAUUACGAAGGGAUGUUGAGCUCGGAGAUCCACGAGAAAGAUCCCAAUUGGAACAUAUGGAGGCACGGAUGUCCAGGCGGUGAGAGCACAGAAGACAUAGGGCAUCGGGUUGAUGGAGUUAUCGAGAGGGUUCGGGAGUACCAUAGGAAAUAUUACGAAGAAGGAGUCGGUACUCGUGACGUUUUGAUCGUUGCCCAUGGCCAUUUCAACCGCAUCCUGCUAACUCGAUGGGUGAACUUCCCUCUGUCUCUCGGCACUCAUUUUAACGUUGAACCCGGAGGAGUUGCGGUGUUAACCUACAACCACCACAAUCUGAAUGAGCCCGCCGUGAAUGGUUUGAAUUUGUACGCAAUGUAGAGGAGUAUCGUCGGCGUCUUUUACAACCGGAAUUGUCGUGCUCUAGAGAUCGUAGAAUGGCACCUCUUCAUUGUAUGCGCCGUGAAUAUGAAAUCAACGGAAG